AUUAAGAAUAGAGUAAUCCUAAAUUAGAAUAACUAUUCCAAUAAUAUUAUAUAUAUAUAUAUAUAUAUAAUUAUAUACAACAUCAAGACUCGCGAACCGGCUCGCGAGGCACGAGCCUAAAAUAAAGAGGCUUGACUCGAGAUUGUUUAGUAUACGAGUCGAGCCGAACUUGACCCGAACUUGAAUAUGGCCGAACUCAAGUCGAGCUUUUCCCGAGCGAUCCACGAGCGGCUCGCGAACGGCUUGGCUCGUUUGCAACCCUAUUAAACACAAUAACAGAAAUUCAAUCAAGGAAGGGUUCUGGAAAAUUCAAAAAGGAAAAAAGUCCAUAAGAACGGAUCUCGAAUUUGAGAUCUGGACUUCCAGAUCCCAGCCGGAGAUAUCAUCACCCAACCGCCGGGAACAGUUGCCUCGCCUAGCUCGCUGCAGAUCUCGCCAGAAUCCCACCGGCAGCUAGCUCUGUCACCUGCAAAGCAGAACCGCUGCCCACAGCUCGUCCCUCGAGUCCGUUCUUCUUGACCAUCAUCUUCAACGCUGCCUUUAUACUCUGCGACCCCUUGUCCCCUUCGUUGAAUUUCCAGCGCCAUCACCAGGUUCUCAAGCAACAGGCAGUACUGCUCUCUCUCCUGGUUGUCUCCUCAACCUGCAAAUCUGCGACCUUGACUCUUGAAAAACCGCGGCCGGGAGGACUGGAGGCCCGCCAUAAAUUGCGGUUGAGAACUUUCAUAGUUGUGUUUGAGCUCCACGGACUCCUACGCAGCCAGGGGGAGACAUGGCAGACACAGUUCCCCGCUGUUCGUCGACGAAGUGUCCUUCCAGAGCUGGUUGGUCUCCGCCUGCCGCCGUGCUAGGGCCGUCCUCACAGGUUGGUAGCGGCAGCCAAGUUUCCUAAAAGAGGAAGGGGACAAGCUACCCUCUUGGUCACUAGUCACUAACCACUUGCCAGCCGUGAAAGCUAAUGGGAGCAUUUGGUAGACCGGGUUAAAAGCUGAUUCUCAAUUAAGACAACACACUUGAGUUCAGCCCACUCCAAAAAGCUAAGUACUCCAACCUACCAUAUUUACACAUUUUGGGGUGUUUAAAUGUGAUUCUUAAAACUACUUUGUUUUAUUUCUAGCUGGAAGUUUGGAAGUUUGUCACUCCUCUCUAUUGCCCAUGAGGCAGCAGAAAGAAGAGCUUUGAGUGCUGCCUCUUCACAAGAUAAAACUUCAAUCUUGCUUUCUUCAAUUGUCUUGAAUUCCAUCAAGACUUUGCAAAACUUGACCAUCUCCUCAUCUAGAGUUUAAGAAACAGAAAAGUAUAAUGAAUCACGCUAAUUAUGUGUAAACAAUAAAAUUCAAAUAAUUGAAAGACAACGAUUAGAAUGAGGAAUAGUAGUUUUGCCACAUAUGAGUAACUAUUGACCGUAAGUAGUAAUCUUUUAAGCUUGCCCUUUUUCUUGCUCUCUUUCUUGCUGCUUUUUUCCUUAUCUUUGUUGGGCUGGUUGUCAAUCUGGAUUUCUUCUAAACUUUUAAUCACUGUGGCCAUUGUUGGCCGUCUGUUUGCCACUGAAUCAACACAUUUUAGAGCUAUAAUAGUGAUUUUUGUGGCCUCAAUCGCUGAGCACUCACCCUUUUCCAAUAUCCCUUUAUGAACCACAUAUCCUUUUUGCAAUUGGAGUUUCGCAUUUGUUAUGAGCUGCUCAGACUUUUCAUUUUCAUCCAUCAACUGUCCUCUCAUUACCAGUUGCAGAACUACUAUUCCAUAAUUAAAGAUGUCUACUUUCUGAGUGGCCCCCCCUGAAAAUUCAAAUAAUUAUAUCAGAACUUGUUUUCAUUUUAAAGUUCAAUAACAGAGUCAAACAAGACCAACCAAGUCUUAACCAAGGUAGUCAAAGGCGUUACGCGCACUCAAGCCGACAAGGUAAUCCCAGCGCCUGAGGCGCAAGGCGCAAAAAAGCCUGACUCGUGUUAGGCGCAAUGCCUAGAAAAAUUAAUAGCAGCUUGAGAAGCUGUGGCUGAAGUUCCACCUUCCAUUCCUGUAAAAAUUACACAAGCCAGAUAUUAUAUAUGCAUUAUAUAAAGAAAACUUACUUUCCAUAUAUUCUGAAAGAAUCAAGAUAGUUGCUGAAAGAUUUAGAAACAAAUAUGUCCUAGUGAAAAGAUAUACGUGGGAGAGGCUAGUUGAUGCAUCUUCAUCAAAGCACCGUGAGACGGGAAGGCGGAAACUCAUACGGAAGUGGGGAAGAACUUGCUUUGUGCUUAACCAGAGGUGGACACGUUAUUUUAAUGAAUAGCAGCACUGACUUUGUGAUCAAAUCUCAGCCAGUGCAUCUAGAGAAGGAUAUUGAAAGGAAAGAUCAAACAGAACAAUCUAGUCAUGAGGAACAAUAACAACAACAGAAUUAUACGGAGUAAUAAGUAAUUGUGAUUGUAUAAUAGUAUCAGUUCGGGGCCAUGUAAGUCUUGAUUGGAUUGGCCCUUUUGUUUUAUAUAAGAAUGGGAAGGAGGAUAGGAGGCUGGAAUUCAGUUUGGGAUUAGACUGGGAUAGUGAGGCCUACCAAAGAGUCUCAAACCUGUUAUUUUCAGCUUACGUUAAUCUCUCGUUUCUACCAUUGUAAUAGGUUACUACCUUUUGAAAUUUUCAUCAAUAUAAUACUAAAAUUCUGCUGCAUUGUUGAGGUCUUAAUCAUCCUCCACUGAAAACCCAAUUUAGACUAACUGAAAACAAUUAUUUGCCUACGAGCAUCUUCAUCACACCUUGGGACAACCACCCUGUCCUCAAGGUGGGUGAUAGGAAACAACCCCGACCAUUGUCUUCAUUCUUGCGCCUCGUCCUUCCGGGUGCAUCACUGGUUGCGGGACCAUGAGCUUCAUUGCCCGGAAAAUACACUGAUUGUUGGGAUCUUUGUAAUUGUUUUGUUCCUUAUGACCAGAUUGUUCUGUUUGAUCUUUCUUUUCAAUAUCCUUCUCUGGAUGCACCGGCUAAGAUUUGAUCACACUGCCAGUGCUGCUAUUCAUUAAAAUAACGUGUCCACCUUUGAGUCACAGAAGCAACCAGAAAGCGCAAAUGCACUUUAAAGCGCUCGCUUACUCUGCCUGACAGGGGAGGGCCUAUUUCCGGUUUUACUGAGUCACCUUUCACACGUGCGCUAAAAAAAACCAUUAAGAAGCCCCCCCCUUUUUUAUUACUAAAACCCAUGUUAAUAAGGUCAAACAACUUAACCUACUCUAAACACAUAACGUAAACCUCCUUGCUCUGCUCUGUUCUACUGUACCUGUUCGCUACAUCCUCCUUUCCCUCCACAUCAACCGCAGAGGCUUGCAGCAGUCCAGCACUCAACGAUCAAAGUAAGUUUUCUUCUCCUUCAUCUUCCAUAUUUUUUCUUUUUUCAUUUUUCAGCAGCUACUUGUUCAGUUCUUCUUACAUGCUACCAGUAUGUUUUUUGUGUAUAUAUGUGUAAAGUCUAACGUACCCUUCUUGUGAAAAAAUACAUAUAUACUGGUUGCUUCUUAGUUCUUACACACUUCUUCAUUUUUCAUACCUUUUCAUUUUUCAGCAGCUACAACUUAAACAUGUAUACAAAUACAUGUGAAAAAAAUAUUCUGGUUGCUCUACUCUGUAUUCUGUAAACAUGUGUAGCAAACUCUUGCAUAUAUUUUUUUAGUUAAUCAAUAAACUUCUUGUUCUACAACUUAUUUUGUAUGUUUCAGUAAGUAAAGUAACACUUUCUUGUACUCUACAGUAUGUUUUUGUUCUAAAGUAAACUUAUUGUUCUUGCUCAAUAAACUUAUUUCCGUUAAUCAGUAUGUUUCAGCAUGUAUGUUUCAGUUAGUCACUUAUUUUUUUACAGUUAGUAUGUUUCAGCAUGUUUAUUAGGUAGUAUGUUUCAGUAAGUUUUUACUUUUUACAGUUACUAUGUUUCAGCAUGUUUAUCAAUUAAUAUGUUUCAGCAUGUUUAUCAGUUAGUAUGUUUCAACUAGUAUUUUUUUACAGUUAGUAUGUUUCAGUUAAUAAGUAAACAUUUUUAUAUAAUGCAUAUAUAAUAUCUGGCUUGUGUAAUUUUUACAGGACAUGGAAGGUGGAACUUCAGCCACAGCUUCUGAAGCUGCUAUUAAUUUUUCUAGGCAUUGCACCUGACACGAGUCAGGCUUUUUUGCGCCUCAGGCGCUGGGAUUACCUUGUCGCCUUGAGUGCGCCUAACGCCUUUGACUACCUUGGUUAAGACUUGGUUGUUCUUGUUCGGCUCUGUUAUUGAACUUUAGAAUGAAAACAAGUUCUGAUAUAAUUAUUUGAAUUUUCAGGGGGGGCACUCAGAAAGUAGACAUCUUUAGUUAUGGAAUAGUAGUUCUUCAACUGGUAAUGAGAGGACAGUUGAUGGAUGAAAAUGAAAAGUCUGAGCAGCUCAUAACAAAUGCGAAACUCCAAUUGCAAAAAGGAUAUGUGGUUCAUAAAGGGAUAUUGGAAAAGGGUGAGUGCUCAGCGAUUGAGUCCACAAAAAUCACUACUAUAACUCUGGAAUGUGUUGAUUCAGUGGCAAACAGACGGCCAACAAUGUCCACAGUGAUUAAAAGUUUAGAAGAAAUCCAGAUUGACAACCAGCCCAACAAAGAUAAGGAAAAAAGCAGCAAGAAAGAGAGCAAGAAAAAGGGCAAACUUAAAAGGUUACUACUUACGGUCAAUAGUUACUCAUAUGUGGCAAAACUACUAUUCCUCAUUCUAAUCGUUGUCUUUCAAUUAUUUGAAUUUUAUUGUUUACACAUAAUUAGUGUGAUUCAUUAUACUUUUCUGUUUCUUAAACUCUAGAUGAGGAGAUGGUCAAGUUUUGCAAAGUCUUGAUGGGAUUCAAGACAAUUGAAGAAAGCAAGAUUGAAGUUUUAUCUUGUGAAGAGGCAGCACUCAAAGCUCUUCUUUCUGCUGCCUCAUGGGCAAUAGAGAGAGGAGUGACAAACUUCCAGACUUCCAGGUUGAGAUUGACGCACACUAUUCCUAUCGUUACUCUCUAGACAUCCCUACGAGAAGGUAUAUCCGUGGAAGGUAUAUCCCAGCUACUCAAAGAUGGAAUAGCCUUCUAGCUGGGAAGGUAUAUCCGUGGAGGGUAUAUCCCAGCUACUCAAAGAUGGAAUAGCCUUCUAGCUGGGAUGUCUAGAGAGUAACGAUAGGAAUAGUAUGCGUCAAUCUUAAUCUGGAAGUUUGGAAGUUUGUCACUCCUCUCUCUAUUGUCCAUGAGGGAGCAGAAAGAAGAGCUUUGAGUGCUGCCUCUUCACAAGAUAAAGCUUCAAUCUUGCUUUCUUCAAUUGUCUUGAAUCCCAUCAAGACUUUGCAAAAUUGACCAUCUCCUCAUCUAGAGUUUAAGAAACAGAAAAGUAUAAUGAAUCACGCUAAUUAUGUGUAAGCAAUGAAAUUCAAAUAAUUGAAAGACAACGAUUAGAAUGAGGAAUAAUAGUUUUGCCACAUAUGAGUAACUAUUGACUGUAAGUAGUAACCUUUUAAGCUUGCCCUUUUUCUUGCUCUCUUUCUUGCUGCUUUUUUCCUUAUCUUUGUUGGGCUGGUUGUCAAUCUGGAUUUCUUCUAAACUUUUAAUCACUGUGGCCAUUGUUGGCCGUCUGUUUGCCACUGAAUCAACACAUUUUAGAGCUAUAAUAGUGAUUUUUGUGGCCUCAAUCGCUGAGCACUCACCCUUUUCCAAUAUCCCUUUAUGAACCACAUAUCCUUUUUGCAAUUGGAGUUUCGCAUUUGUUAUGAGCUGCUCAGACUUUUCAUUUUCAUCCAUCAACUGUCCUCUCAUUACCAGUUGCAGAACUACUAUUCCAUAAUUAAAGAUGUCUACUUUCUGAGUGGCCCCCCCUGAAAAUUCAAAUAAUUAUAUCAGAACUUGUUUUCAUUUUAAAGUUCAAUAACAGAGUCAAACAAGACCAACCAAGUCUUAACCAAGGUAGUCAAAGGCGUUACGCGCACUCAAGCCGACAAGGUAAUCCCAGCGCCUGAGGCGCAAGGCGCAAAAAAGCCUGACUCGUGUUAGGCGCAAUGCCUAGAAAAAUUAAUAGCAGCUUGAGAAGCUGUGGCUGAAGUUCCACCUUCCAUUCCUGUAAAAAUUACACAAGCCAGAUAUUAUAUAUGCAUUAUAUAAAGAAAACUUACUUUCCAUAUAUUCUGAAAGAAUCAAGAUAGUUGCUGAAAGAUUUAGAAACAAAUAUGUCCUAGUGAAAAGAUAUACGUGGGAGAGGCUAGUUGAUGCAUCUUCAUCAAAGCACCGUGAGACGGGAAGGCGGAAACUCAUACGGAAGUGGGGAAGAACUUGCUUUGUGCUUAACCAGAGGUGGACACGUUAUUUUAAUGAAUAGCAGCACUGACUUUGUGAUCAAAUCUCAGCCAGUGCAUCUAGAGAAGGAUAUUGAAAGGAAAGAUCAAACAGAACAAUCUAGUCAUGAGGAACAAUAACAACAACAGAAUUAUACGGAGUAAUAAGUAAUUGUGAUUGUAUAAUAGUAUCAGUUCGGGGCCAUGUAAGUCUUGAUUGGAUUGGCCCUUUUGUUUUAUAUAAGAAUGGGAAGGAGGAUAGGAGGCUGGAAUUCAGUUUGGGAUUAGACUGGGAUAGUGAGGCCUACCAAAGAGUCUCAAACCUGUUAUUUUCAGCUUACGUUAAUCUCUCGUUUCUACCAUUGUAAUAGGUUACUACCUUUUGAAAUUUUCAUCAAUAUAAUACUAAAAUUCUGCUGCAUUGUUGAGGUCUUAAUCAUCCUCCACUGAAAACCCAAUUUAGACUAACUGAAAACAAUUAUUUGCCUACGAGCAUCUUCAUCACACCUUGGGACAACCACCCUGUCCUCAAGGUGGGUGAUAGGAAACAACCCCGACCAUUGUCUUCAUUCUUGCGCCUCGUCCUUCCGGGUGCAUCACUGGUUGCGGGACCAUGAGCUUCAUUGCCCGGAAAAUACACUGAUUGUUGGGAUCUUUGUAAUUGUUUUGUUCCUUAUGACCAGAUUGUUCUGUUUGAUCUUUCUUUUCAAUAUCCUUCUCUGGAUGCACCGGCUAAGAUUUGAUCACACUGCCAGUGCUGCUAUUCAUUAAAAUAACGUGUCCACCUUUGAGUCACAGAAGCAACCAGAAAGCGCAAAUGCACUUUAAAGCGCUCGCUUACUCUGCCUGACAGGGGAGGGCCUAUUUCCGGUUUUACUGAGUCACCUUUCACACGUGCGCUAAAAAAAACCAUUAAGAAGCCCCCCCCUUUUUUAUUACUAAAACCCAUGUUAAUAAGGUCAAACAACUUAACCUACUCUAAACACAUAACGUAAACCUCCUUGCUCUGCUCUGUUCUACUGUACCUGUUCGCUACAUCCUCCUUUCCCUCCACAUCAACCGCAGAGGCUUGCAGCAGUCCAGCACUCAACGAUCAAAGACAUGGAAGGUGGAACUUCAGCCACAGCUUCUGAAGCUGCUAUUAAUUUUUCUAGGCAUUGCACCUGACACGAGUCAGGCUUUUUUGCGCCUCAGGCGCUGGGAUUACCUUGUCGCCUUGAGUGCGCCUAACGCCUUUGACUACCUUGGUUAAGACUUGGUUGUUCUUGUUCGGCUCUGUUAUUGAACUUUAGAAUGAAAACAAGUUCUGAUAUAAUUAUUUGAAUUUUCAGGGGGGGCACUCAGAAAGUAGACAUCUUUAGUUAUGGAAUAGUAGUUCUUCAACUGGUAAUGAGAGGACAGUUGAUGGAUGAAAAUGAAAAGUCUGAGCAGCUCAUAACAAAUGCGAAACUCCAAUUGCAAAAAGGAUAUGUGGUUCAUAAAGGGAUAUUGGAAAAGGGUGAGUGCUCAGCGAUUGAGUCCACAAAAAUCACUACUAUAACUCUGGAAUGUGUUGAUUCAGUGGCAAACAGACGGCCAACAAUGUCCACAGUGAUUAAAAGUUUAGAAGAAAUCCAGAUUGACAACCAGCCCAACAAAGAUAAGGAAAAAAGCAGCAAGAAAGAGAGCAAGAAAAAGGGCAAACUUAAAAGGUUACUACUUACGGUCAAUAGUUACUCAUAUGUGGCAAAACUACUAUUCCUCAUUCUAAUCGUUGUCUUUCAAUUAUUUGAAUUUUAUUGUUUACACAUAAUUAGUGUGAUUCAUUAUACUUUUCUGUUUCUUAAACUCUAGAUGAGGAGAUGGUCAAGUUUUGCAAAGUCUUGAUGGGAUUCAAGACAAUUGAAGAAAGCAAGAUUGAAGUUUUAUCUUGUGAAGAGGCAGCACUCAAAGCUCUUCUUUCUGCUGCCUCAUGGGCAAUAGAGAGAGGAGUGACAAACUUCCAGACUUCCAGGUUGAGAUUGACGCACACUAUUCCUAUCGUUACUCUCUAGACAUCCCUACGAGAAGGUAUAUCCGUGGAAGGUAUAUCCCAGCUACUCAAAGAUGGAAUAGCCUUCUAGCUGGGAAGGUAUAUCCGUGGAGGGUAUAUCCCAGCUACUCAAAGAUGGAAUAGCCUUCUAGCUGGGAUGUCUAGAGAGUAACGAUAGGAAUAGUAUGCGUCAAUCUUAAUCUGGAAGUUUGGAAGUUUGUCACUCCUCUCUCUAUUGUCCAUGAGGGAGCAGAAAGAAGAGCUUUGAGUGCUGCCUCUUCACAAGAUAAAGCUUCAAUCUUGCUUUCUUCAAUUGUCUUGAAUCCCAUCAAGACUUUGCAAAAUUGACCAUCUCCUCAUCUAGAGUUUAAGAAACAGAAAAGUAUAAUGAAUCACGCUAAUUAUGUGUAAGCAAUGAAAUUCAAAUAAUUGAAAGACAACGAUUAGAAUGAGGAAUAAUAGUUUUGCCACAUAUGAGUAACUAUUGACUGUAAGUAGUAACCUUUUAAGCUUGCCCUUUUUCUUGCUCUCUUUCUUGCUGCUUUUUUCCUUAUCUUUGUUGGGCUGGUUGUCAAUCUGGAUUUCUUCUAAACUUUUAAUCACUGUGGCCAUUGUUGGCCGUCUGUUUGCCACUUAAUCAACACAUUCCAAAGCUAUAGUAGUGAUUUUUGUGGCCUCAAUCGCUGAGCACUCACCGUUUUCCAAUAUCCUUUUAUGAACCACAUAUCCUUUUUGCAAUUGGAGUUUCGCAUUUGUUAUGAGCUGCUCAGACUUUUCAUUUUCAUCCAUCAACUGUCCUCUCAUUACCAGUUGAAGAACUACUAUUCCAUAACUAAAGAUGUCUACUUUCUGAGUGCCCCC